UGCCCCAUCCAGUCCUCCCUCGUUCUCCUUUUGCCCGCACACACUCCCAACGCAUUGAUUUUAGUUUUUGUCUCUGCUUGUGAGAAUGGUUGGUCGCCCACGUCUGGUGUCGCAGAUUCGCAACCUGUCUGGCGUGGUUGUGGAUCAAAAGGGGGUGUGCAAGCAAUUCUUGUUGAGAGAGACAGAGACAAGGGAAGAGAAACUCAUAUAUCGGAUAAUUAAGAAGUGGUUACACAAGGCGGAGACAUUAAUUAACCAAGAAUCCUCCGCAUUAACUCUUUUUCAAAAUCUCCUGCCAUCAUUCUUUCCUACCUUUCCCAUUCUUAUCUACACCCUUCCACGGAUUGCAUCAUUCCAUCAAUAACAUCCUUCUAAUAAUCAUGGCCGCUCAACAAACCAUCACGGUCCCCCACAUGGGUGGCAUCGAAGUCGGCUAUGCCCUGUCCAACAACAACGCCUACGACCCUUCCAAGCCGACCUGCGUGCUCAUCAACUCGAUGUGCAUGACGGUGUCGCUCUACCGCCCCCAGUUCGAAGAUGCCGAGUUGACCAGCACCACCAACCUGCUGGCCAUCGAGCCGCUUGGCCAUGGCGCCACCCGCUGUCUGGCGCCCGCCGCCGAACACUUCACCUACUGGGACUCGGCCAUCAUGGCCCUGCAAGUGAUGGAAAAAUUGGGCAUCCAGAGGGCCUUUGCCCUGGGAACCAGCCAGGGAGGAUGGGUUGUAGCACGCAUGGCCCUGUUGGCACCAGAUAGGAUCCUUGGCAUCCUACCCUUAGGUACUUCGAUGGACUACGAAUCGGCCGACUCCCGCAGCAAGGAUUGCUGGGACCCCGUCACCCUGCUGACCCCAUUCCUGGAGAAAUGGACGAGCGAGACUCCCACCCCGGAUUUUGUGGUCGACGAUGUGUGGUGCGGGAUGGUCGCGGGAAUCGGCUUCGGGGCCUCGGCAACGCCCGAGACGACCGACUUCUGGGUGCAGACGCUGAAGCAGGUCUAUACAGGGAAUGAGGGACGUAAGAAGGUGCGCAUGGCCUUGAUGUGCCUGUUGACGCGGGACGGGCUGCUUCUGCGGCUGAAGGAUGUGCGGUGCCCCGUGUAUUGGCUACAAGGGACGGAGGAUUUCCCCUUCAAGACCACGGUCCCCGCAGAACAGAUCCAGCGGUUCUCCGCUAGUAAGGAGGCUAAAUUGCAGAUGGUGGAGGGAGGGGCCCAUUACCUGAAUGCCACGCAUCCGCGGGAGGUUAACGCGGCGAUCCGUGAGAUGGUCACUCGCUACGGUGCCUGAGCGGGCUGCAGGGAAAGCGAGAAGUCAAAAAUGGAUCUUAGGCUACUACUGUAGGGGCGCAGAUAGAUUACGAAGAGUAGCACGGAGUUAGUGUCAGGAGAGGGUUGAAAGUUGG